AUGUCUCUCUUAGGGACCAUCAAUCCUAAUCUUAAUCCAGAGCGUACCGUGGCUGGCCAAAAGGGUCAGGAAGAAGAAGAUAGCGGCAGAGUCCAGUCCAACCAUCACAAGCUUGCUAGCAGUGUGAGCACCGAUGAGACCAUCCUGGACCAUUCAAAGGAGGUCGGCAAUGAGGAAUACGCAGAGGAAGAGGUCACCCGUCUGGCGCGCCAAUUAACCCGUCAAUCAACCAGAUUCUCCGUCAGUGGCCAUGUCGAGAAUCCCUUCCUCGAGACCAAGGAGGAUUCGACGCUGAACCCCCACAGUCCCAACUUCAAGGCCAAGAACUGGAUGAAGAACCUGCUCGCGCUGUCAUCACGGGAUCCAGAGCGAUAUCCCAAGCGUGUGGCCGGGGUCUCGUUCAGAAAUCUGAGCAUCCACGGCUACGGCAGUCCCACCGAUUACCAGAAGGAUGUCUUCAACUCCGUCCUGCAGGUCGGCACCCUGGCCCGCAACAUCAUGGGCACCGGCAAGCAGAAGAUCCAGAUUUUGCGCGGCUUCGACGGUCUCGUCAAAAGCGGAGAGAUGCUGGUCGUCCUCGGUCGUCCCGGCAGUGGAUGUUCGACCAUGCUCAAGACUAUUGCCGGCGAGAUGAAUGGUAUCUACAUGGAUGAUAAGUCGCAGCUGAACUACCAGGGUAUCUCCGCCAAGCAGAUGCGCAAGCAGUUCCGCGGUGAGGCCAUCUACACCGCCGAAACCGAUGUGCAUUUCCCACAACUGUCGGUGGGUGAUACGCUGAAAUUCGCGGCGCUCGCUCGUGCGCCACGGAACCGGCUGCCGGGCGUCUCCAGAGAACAGUACGCUACCCAUAUGCGGGAUGUCGUGAUGGCCAUGCUGGGUUUGACGCACACAGUCAACACGCGGGUCGGUAAUGAUUUCGUGCGUGGUGUCAGUGGUGGUGAGCGGAAGCGUGUCAGUAUCGCCGAAGUGACCCUCAGCGGCAGUCCUCUGCAGUGCUGGGACAACAGUACCCGUGGAUUGGACAGUGCAAACGCUCUGGAAUUCUGCAAGACUCUGAACUUGAUGACCAAAUAUGCCGGUGCUACGGUUGCUGUGGCCAUCUACCAGGCCUCUCAGAGUGCUUACGAUGUCUUCGACAAAGUGACGGUGCUCUAUGAAGGACGACAGAUCUACUUUGGACGCACCGACGAGGCUAGGGGAUUCUUCACCAACAUGGGAUUUGACUGUCCUGAACGUCAGACAACAGCCGAUUUCCUGACAUCCCUCACAAGCCCUUCGGAGCGCUUGGUGAAGCCGGGCUUUGAAGGCAAGGUCCCGCAAACUCCCGAUGAAUUUGUCCAGGCCUGGAAGAAUAGCGAGGCCUAUGCCAGACUGAUGAGAGAAAUCGACGAAUACGACCGCGAAUAUCCCAUUGGUGGCGAGUCGCUCGAUAAGUUCAUCGAGUCUCGCAGAGCGAUGCAGGCCAAGAACCAGCGCGUCAAGUCUCCUUACACCAUUUCCGUCUGGCAGCAGGUCCAGCUGUGCAUGACCCGUGGCUUCCAGCGUCUAAAGGGUGACUCCAGUUUGACCACGUCCCAGCUAAUCGGUAACUUCAUCAUGGCUCUGAUCAUCGGAAGUGUCUUCUUCAAUCUGCGGGAUGACACGUCUAGUUUCUAUGCUCGUGGUGCCCUGCUGUUCUUUGCCGUGCUGCUCAAUGCAUUCUCCAGUGCUCUCGAGAUUCUAACACUGUACGCACAACGUCCCAUCGUCGAAAAACAAUCGCGUUACGCAAUGUACCACCCCUUCGCCGAAGCCAUCGCCUCGAUGCUCUGUGAUAUGCCGUACAAGAUCCUCAACGCCAUCAUCUUCAACAUCACCCUCUAUUUCAUGACAAACCUUCGCCGGGAACCUGGGGCGUUCUUCGUCUUCUUACUCUUUUCGUUUGUCACCACUAUGAGCAUGUCCAUGAUCUUCCGUACCAUCGCCGCAUCGUCUCGGACCCUCUCCCAGGCUCUAGUGCCUGCCGCCAUCCUCAUCUUGGGUCUAGUCAUCUACACCGGCUUUACGAUCCCCACAAGAAACAUGCUUGGCUGGUCGCGAUGGAUGAACUAUAUCGAUCCCAUCGCAUACGGAUUCGAGAGCUUGAUGGUGAACGAGUUCCACAACAGACGGUUCCUCUGCCCCGACUCUGGAUUUGUCCCGUCUCGUGGUGCCUAUGAUAGCCAAGCUCUGCAAUACAGGAUUUGUGCGACGGUCGGUGCCCGCGCCGGCUCUAAAUACGUCGAGGGCGACGACUAUCUCAACCAGAGCUUCCAGUACUAUCAAAGCCACAAGUGGAGGAAUCUGGGCAUCAUGUUUGGUUUCAUGUUCUUUUUCAUGAUGACCUAUCUGCUUGCCACCGAAUACAUCUCGGAAGCCAAGUCCAAGGGUGAAGUCUUACUGUUCCGCAGAGGGCACGCUUCCUCCGCUGCUCCCCACGAUGUCGAGACAAACGCUCAGGUAUCCACCGCCGCGAAGACCGACGAUUCCAGCGGCAAAGAGGCUACCGGUGCCAUCCAGAGACAAGAGGCGAUCUUCCACUGGAAGGAUGUGUGUUACGAUAUCAAGAUCAAGAAAGAGCCUCGGCGGAUUCUCGACCACGUGGACGGCUGGGUCAAGCCUGGUACUUGCACUGCUCUCAUGGGUGUUUCCGGCGCCGGUAAAACUACCCUUCUCGAUGUGCUUGCCACCCGCGUGACUAUGGGUGUUGUGACUGGCGAGAUGUUGGUCGAUGGCCGUCCUCGCGAUCAGUCUUUCCAGCGUAAGACCGGAUAUGUGCAGCAACAGGAUCUUCAUCUUCACACUACCACCGUCAGGGAGGCACUGCGCUUCAGUGCUAUCCUCCGGCAGCCCGCUCACGUCCCCCGCCAGGAAAAGCUCGACUAUGUUGAAGAAGUCAUCAAACUGCUCGGCAUGGAAUCCUAUGCUGAUGCCGUUGUCGGUGUCCCCGGAGAAGGUCUCAACGUCGAACAGCGCAAGCGUCUCACCAUCGGAGUUGAACUCGCCGCCAAGCCUCAACUGCUCCUCUUUCUUGAUGAGCCUACCUCCGGUCUUGACAGUCAAACCUCUUGGUCCAUUCUCGAUCUCAUCGACACUCUCACCAAGCACGGCCAAGCGAUUCUUUGCACCAUUCAUCAGCCCUCUGCGAUGCUCUUCCAGCGUUUCGAUCGUCUGUUGUUCCUUGCCAAGGGUGGUAAGACCGUGUACUUUGGAGAAAUCGGAGAGAAGUCGUCGACCCUUGCCAGUUACUUUGAGAGGAAUGGUGCGCCGAAGCUCUCUGCCGAAGCCAACCCCGCCGAAUGGAUGCUUGAGGUCAUUGGCGCCGCCCCCGGAUCGCAUAGCGACAUCGAUUGGCCUGCAGUCUGGCGUGACAGCCCGGAACGCAAAGCGGUGCAUGACCACCUGGAAGAAUUGAAGUCGACGCUCUCGCAGAAGCCCAUUGACGCCUCCAAGGCCGAUCCCGGCAGCUACAACGAGUUCGCCGCUCCCUUCGCCGUCCAGCUGUGGGAGUGUCUGCUCCGUGUCUUCUCUCAGUACUGGCGGACGCCUGUGUACAUCUACUCCAAGGCCGCGCUCUGCAUCCUCACCGCGCUCUACAUCGGUUUCUCCUUCUUCCACGCGCAAAACAGCGCGCAGGGCCUGCAGAACCAGAUGUUCAGUAUCUUCAUGCUGAUGACCAUCUUCGGGAACUUGGUCCAGCAGAUCAUGCCCAACUUCUGCACGCAGCGCUCCCUGUACGAGGUCCGCGAGCGACCCUCCAAGACCUACUCCUGGAAGGCCUUCAUGACUGCCAACAUCAUCGUCGAGCUGCCCUGGAACACCCUCAUGGCCGUCCUCAUCUUCGUCUGCUGGUACUACCCCAUUGGCCUGUACCGCAACGCCGAGCCCACCGACUCCGUCCACGAGCGCGGCGCCCUCAUGUUCCUCCUCGUCUGGACCUUCCUCCUCUUCACCUCCACCUUCGCCCACAUGAUCAUCGCCGGCAUCGAGCUCGCCGAAACCGGCGGCAACCUCGCCAACCUCCUCUUCUCUCUCUGCCUCAUCUUCUGCGGUGUCCUCGCCUCCCCGGACGCCCUCCCGGGCUUCUGGAUCUUCAUGUACCGCCUCUCCCCCUUCACCUACCUCGUGUCCGGCAUGCUCGCCACCGGCGUCUCCGGCACCCGCGCCGUCUGCGAGAAGGUCGAGCUCCUCCACUUCGACCCCCCAGGCAACCUGUCCUGCGCAAAGUACAUGGCCGACUACAUCUCCUCCCGCGGCGGCUACCUCGAGAUUCCAGACGCCACCUCCAACUGCGCAUUCUGCACCAUCUCCGACACGGAUACCUUCCUUGCCGCCGUCAGCAGCUACUACAAGGACGCCUGGCGCAACUUCGGCAUCAUGUGGGCCUACAUCAUCUUCAAUAUCUUUGCCGCCGUCUUCAUCUACUGGCUGGCGCGUGUGCCCAAGGGCAAGCGCACCAAGGAGUGA